AUGACAAUGCCAGUGGUCAAAGUAGAGAAAGACACUGCAUCAGAUAGCUCGUUGCCUUCCUCCAACCCUCCCGACCAGACAGAGGAGCUACCCAGAGGUCGCAGAAGGAAGAGACCCCUCCAGCGGGGGAAACCCCCCUACAGUUACAUUGCUCUUAUCUCCAUGGCCAUAGCAAACUCUCCCGACCGCAGGCUGACCUUGGGUGGCAUCUACAAGUUCAUCACAGAGCGCUUCCCUUUCUACAGAGACAAUUCAAAGAAGUGGCAGAACUCCAUCCGCCAUAAUUUAACCCUCAAUGACUGUUUCAUCAAGAUCCCUCGAGAACCAGGGCGGCCAGGGAAGGGCAACUACUGGGCCUUGGACCCCAAUGCUGAGGAUAUGUUUGAAAGCGGCAGUUUCCUCCGCCGCAGGAAGAGAUUCAAACGCUGUGACUUCACCACUUAUGCCUCGUAUGUUCACGACUCGCCAGGUUUCUCCCCUGUCCAGAUCGGCCGAUCGGCGGUAUACACCAACUCAGCCUAUCCCAACAUGGCCGUCAGUCCAUCAUAUGGGCAGCAGUUGCCUUCUGCGUACCUAUCCUCCCCAUCACCUCCUGGGUUUGGGCCAGGUCAGGCUCACAUGUUCCGGAUCAAUACCCUCAUAGGUCAUCCCGCUCCAUCCAACACUUUAGGAGGACAGGGACUGGAGGUGAUGCAGCAGUCCAACCGCAGCUUCAGCACGGAAGGUGGGCCAAAUGCCUCUAGCCCUUGCAGUCUGGGGGCUGCAGGCUUCCAGAGCCAAGCAUGUGGAGUGGCCAUGCCACCCCGUUCCUCUACCCACGUUGGGUUCACCUAUUCUGGGCCAAAUGGCUACCAUCACCCCCAUGCCACCCAGGGCUCUUAUGGACAAGGCCACAGCCAAGCAUACGGCAUGGCAAAUCGUCUCCAUUCCUUACCGUCAGGAUCCGUGGAGACGGUGGACCAUUACGGCAGAGUUUCCCCAGCCCAUUUAGGCUCCCUCUCCCAGUAUAACGGAGUAGCGGGUCCUGUUUCCAAUACAGGCAGUUACUUAAGACACCCCACAUACCCAGGGAAUAUGGACAGGUUUGUGUCUGCUAUUUGA